CCCUUUAGACUAAUAUGGAGAAGGCAUUGCUCAGAUAAUUGUGACUCUUCUUUUUCUUAUCGUGACUUUUCAGCUUCUUUUGUUGAUAUUGCUUUCAUGUCUCAUACGCAUUAGAGUAUAACCUUGCGGAACCAGUAAUUCCGACGCUUUUUUCGCUCUGAGACAUUGCGACUAUCUAUCUAUGUAUGGUCACCAUGUCGGAUUGAGUGAGACCAGGGUAGCUACUUUCUUUUUCCUGCCGACUCAUACGUUGUGAGACAAAUCCAGCCUCUUCUCAGACUUGGCUGCACAAGAGUACCCGAAACCGAGCCGAGAAAAUAUCGUCCUGUCCACCUCUCCAUUUUCUCUCUUCUGGACAGCAACAGCAGCUCUUCGUAACCGGACGGGGGAGAGUUUCUUUCAAGUUGAGACUUGAGAAAUUUGAUCUUUUUUGUUUUAUUUGAAUACGAGAUUGCUGGAAACAAAUGGCGCCAACAGCGGCAAUGGCACCGGCCACAGUGGCCGAGGACGAUAACAAGACGACGAGGGCCCGAGAUGAGGCUGCUGCGGUGGAAUCAGAUACUGAGACUUUGCUUCAGGGAGUUGAUGAGAAGAAGUUGCUGCGGAAGCUGGAUCUUUACAUCAUUCCUCUCGUCAUGGGUUUGUAUCUGUUUAGUUUCCUUGAUAGGGUCAAUAUUGGCAAUGCUCGAUUGUACGGACUCGAAGAAGAUCUUCACCUCUCAUCCGAGCAGUUUCAAGUCACCGUUUCCAUCUUCUUCGUCACAUACCUCCUCUUCGAAGUGCCAUCAAACCUCGUCCUCAAACUCUUCACCCCCCGCCGGUGGGUUUCAUUCAUUGUCGUUGCAUGGGGCAUCAUCGCCACCCUGUCAGGACUGGUGCAGUCCUACGGAGCACUCAUCGCCUGCCGUUUACUCCUAGGCGUUGUCGAGGCGGGCCUAUUCCCCGGCCUCAGCGUCUAUCUCACCUUCUUCUACACCAAGCACGAACUGGCCCUGAGGAUUGGCUACCUCUUCGUCAGCUCUGCCAUCGCCGGCGCUUUGGGUGGACUGUUGGCUUAUGGCAUAGGACACAUGGAUGGCGUGUGUGGCAUGAGCGGGUGGCGGUGGAUUCUCAUCAUUGAAGGUAUUCCGAGCGUGAUUCUCGGUGUCGUCACUUUUAUUGCGCUGCCGAAUGAUGCGGAAUCGGCAUAUUUCCUGACGAAAGAGGAGAAACUGCUCAUGGAAGAGAGACACAGGCGGGAAUAUGGAAACACAGCCACCAGUCGUCAGUUUAGCCGGGUGGACAUGAAGAGGGCUUUCAAAGACUGGAAGGUGUGGGCGUUUUCUUUUGCGCAGUUUGGCGUUGAUACCAUGCUCUACGGAUUCUCGACUUUCCUGCCCACAAUCAUUAAUGCCCUCGGCGAAUGGACCGUUGCUCAAGUCCAGCUCCUCACCAUCCCGUGCUACUUCCUCGGAGCGGUGACCUAUAUGAUCAUUGCCAUGCUCUCUGAUAGAUUCCAGAUGCGAGGAAUAUUCUGCGUCAUCUUUGGCUGCAUAAGCAUCAUCGGUUAUGGUGUUUUGCUGUCCGACUCGGCUCCUGGAGUGCAUUAUUUCGGAUGCUUUCUUGUUGCGGGUGGUUUAUACGUUGUCGUCGGUCUUCCAAUCGCCUGGUUGCCAAAUAAUUCUCCUCGAUACGGCAAAAGAACAACUGCGACAGGCCUGCAGCUUACUUUUGGAAACGCCUCUGGAAUCAUGUCUGCAUUCAUAUACCCUGCGCUCGAUGGACCUCGCUUCAUUCGCGGCCAUGCCGUCUCGCUCAGCAUGGUCGGCGUGGGUAUCUGCAUAUAUGGCUUUCUGUGGUACUCGCUCUGGAAGGCGAACAAGCGUCGUGAUGCGGGAGAGUUGCCGCGAGAGCAUGAGGGCUUGCUGGAGGAAGAGCUCAAGGAGCUGGGAGACGACAGCCCUCAUUACAGAUAUACGAUUUAAUGCGAAAAGACGAAGAUGCGGGAUGUUACACUGGUUAAAGACUAGUAUAUAAUGGUAGAAGAUGGGCAUGUGUGGGAUGAAUUUUGGCUCAUCAAGGUUACUUAAUUAAUACGAUUGACAUGCUUUCCAAUAGGGAAAUGGAAUCAUAUGCUAAAAUGGCACACCUGGAAUUGCCCAACUAAGAUGAUAAAGAUGGAGUGUUUUUUG